GGUUUCUGUGGCUAAAGCACUCAGCUGAGAGCGCAGAAGCCUUCAAGCACUAGAAAAACUAAACAGGAAGAUGACCCAGUCCAUCAUGGAGAGCCUAUUCGGAGACGAUCCUUUCUUCGAGGACGCCUAUGUGCUGUGGCCGAGACGCUGCAGCCUGACCGAGCGAUUCCUGCGACACAGAGAGCAGAUGAUGGAAAGCUUCAGGGCAGACAUAGGAGACAGACUCAUAAACGAGCUGUUUCAGAGCCUGGAUGAACUCUUCUCCUCACCUUCAUCUUCCACAUCAUCUGCCACAUCAUCUGCCACAUCAUCUUCCACAUCAUCUUCCACAUCCACCGCCAGACUCACAGGCCCAAGCAUCUUCUCCCUCGACACUCAUGGCUUCUCUCCAGAUGACAUCGCAGUGACUGUGUGUGGCCGAAAGCUGGAGGUCAAGGUGGCAAAGCCGACUGAGGGGGACUCGUCCGGUCCUGCAGGAUUCUCCCGGAGCGUGGAGCUCCCGGAACACAUCAAUCCGUCCACACUCACCUGCACGCUGGGGGACGACGGCUUCCUCAAGAUCGAGUCUCAGGUCAAAGAGGCCGAGUCGGAUGAGCGCGAGGUCCCGAUGCGCUUCAGGACGUCGCUGGACUUCCCCCUGAGCAAAGACAACACAAGCAAAACAGAGGAGAAAAACGACUAGAGACUCUACACACACACUGAACCCUCAUGUCAAGCUGCUUGACAUUAUGUUUUCCCAAUGAUCUGUGUUUUGUAAAAAAAAAAAAACAAAAUGUAUUUUUAUCCCAUCCCUCAGCUAUUUAUGCUCUCAUGGCACUCAAAGUAAUUAAAAAAAAAUUCAGCAGGUGGUUGGGUUUUUUUUUUUAUUUAAUCACCAUUUUCGUUAAAUCUGAGCUCAGACUCAAAUCAUUCAGGACUAACGACACCAUUUUUGGACAGGGCUUAUAACCAACAACAACCAAAAACAAUUCAUUCUUAUUCUUUAUAUUAUUCUUUUAUCUCUUUUUAGCAAUUUUAUCUAGUUUUUGUUAGCGCUGUAUUUUCUUGUGCUAUUUCUGUUAUAUUUCAUUUAUAACUAUGUCCUUAAGAAUUUGCUUUGAGAAAAUUUUUAAUUGUAAAAGGUGCUACACAAAUAAAGUUAUUUUGACUUUA